CAAGAUAUUCAAUCAAGUGUAUGAUGUGGAAUGUAAUUUAAUAUGUGAAAAGAGCAGAAAAAUUACCAUCUGUUUUUUUGUUGCAAGAAAUGUUUUAUUAUUUAUGUCAUGAAUGUACAAUACUUUGAAAAUUAUGAAACUUUAAGUGAUUUCCUUGAUGUUAAAUUGUGAUUAAACACAAAAACAGUUUAGGUAAAGAUAAAAGAUGUUAACGGCCGCAGCAAAUUCAAUGUCGAAUAAUGGAGGGUCUUAUAGUAUCGAUAGACCUUCCAGUGCUGGAGAACCUGAAUUGGGCACUGAUCCUGCAUCUGGAGGCUUUUUCCACUCCGAUUACAAAAAACACGAUGACUUGAAACAAAUGCUUGACAGUAACAAGGAUGGAUUAAAAUUGGAAGCCAUGAAGCGAAUAAUUGGGAUGGUGGCGAAAGGAAGAGACGCCUCAGAUCUAUUUCCAGCAGUUGUGAAAAAUGUCGUAUCGAAAAAUAUCGAAGUAAAAAAAUUGGUGUACGUCUAUUUGGUACGUUAUGCUGAGGAUCAACAGGAUUUGGCACUCCUGUCAAUUUCGACAUUUCAAAGAGCUCUAAAGGAUCCUAAUCAGCUGAUAAGAGCAAGUGCCCUACGUGUUCUUUCGAGUAUUAGAGUUGCAAUGAUAGUUCCAAUAGUGAUGCUUGCAAUAAAGGAUUCAGCAAGUGAUAUGUCGCCGUAUGUUCGUAAGACAGCUGCUCACGCAAUUCCAAAACUAUAUUCCCUGGAUGCUGAGCAAAAGGAUGAAUUAAUUUGUGUGCUAGAGAAAUUAUUGUCCGAUAAAACAACGCUUGUUGUUGGUUCAGCGGUAAUGGCAUUCGAGGAAGUUUGUCCGGAAAGAAUUGAUUUGAUUCACAAGAAUUAUCGAAAGUUGUGCAAUUUACUGGUGGAUGUCGAUGAAUGGGGACAGAUUGUCAUUGUUAAUAUGUUGACAAGAUACGCGAGGACUCAAUUUGUAAAUCCGAAUAUAAACGAAAUUGAAGAGGAGGACGAACGUUCUUUUUACGAAUCCGACAGUGAUUCCUCAAGUUUAAAGAAACCCAAAUUUACUCUGGAUAUUGAUCAUCGUUUAUUAUUGAGAAAUACGAAACCCCUAUUGCAAAGUAGAAAUGCAUCGGUUGUUAUGUCAGUAGCUCAGUUGUAUCAUCAUGCGGCACCGAGGAGUGAAGUUAUUAUAGCAGCAAAAGCACUGAUAAGAUUACUUCGCAGUCAUCGAGAAGUGCAGAGUGUUGUUCUUCACUGCAUCGCUAGUAUAUCGAUAACUCGCAAGGGAAUGUUUGAACCUUUUCUAAAGUCAUUUUUCGUUCGAACGUCUGACCCGACACACAUCAAAUUAUUGAAAUUGGAUAUUCUGACUAAUUUAGCCACCGAAAUGAGUAUUGGCGUUAUUUUGAGGGAAUUUCAAACCUAUAUUUCAAGUAGUGAUAAGGAAUUUGUUGGUGCUAGCAUUCAGGCAAUUGGUAGAUGUGCAAGUAAUAUUAAAGGAGUCACAGACACUUGUCUCAACGGACUUGUUUCCUUGCUCAGUAACAGAGAUGAGGCCGUUGUAGCUGAAAGUGUGGUAGUGAUUAAAAAACUCCUCCAAACGCAACCGAAUGAGCAUAAAGAAAUUAUUGCCCACAUGGCGAAAUUAAUGGACUUCAUCACUGUUCCUCAGGCUCGUGCCUCUAUUUUAUGGUUACUUGGAGAAUAUUCUGAUCGAGUGCCAAAAAUUGCUCCCGAUGUUCUUAGAAAAAUGGCUAAGACCUUUAUUAACGAGCAGGACAUUGUCAAGUUACAGACCUUGAAUCUAGCUGUAAAAUUGUAUUUAAAUAAUCCAAGUCAGACGAAGACAUUCUGCCAAUACGUCUUCCAAUUGGCAAAGUAUGAUCAGAACUAUGAUAUUCGAGACAGAGCUCGUUUCCUUCGUUUCUUUAUAUUCGAGGAUGAGGAGGACGGUCAACCGAAACGACAACUACAAGAAUUGGCUCAAAAAAUAUUUUUAGCUACAAAACCAGCACCAACACUUACGUCCAGAUUUAAGGAAUCACAAUUUCAGUUGGGGACACUUUCGCAUUAUUUAGAUAUGCCUUGUUCUGGUUAUCAUUCAUUGCCACCGUUUCCCGAUGUAGCACCCGAUCCAUCAGUUCGUGACGUUGCCGAACCAUUACCACAAGAUAUUCUACCACUUGGGAAAAAGGAGAGAAAAGACAAAAAGAAGGAGGACUUUUAUUGUGAGAGCACACCGGAUGAAGAGUCCGAAGGAGAAAGUUCCGGAUCAUCGGGCGAAACAUCGGAUGACGAAACUGAUUCCAAUGAAUAUUCGUCAAUUUCCGAUAAAUCUGACGACGAGCAGGAGAAAAAGAAGAGUAGAAAGAACGCCGAAGAGUCGAGUAGCGAUAGCGAAAGUGAUGACGAUUCAGAAGAAGAGUCAUCAGACGAGGAAUCAGAGGAGAGUUCAGAAGAGAGUGUGACUGUGGAAAAGACUGUAGUGAAGGAAAAACCAGUGAAAGUUGAGAGUAAAGAGAAGCCUAAGAGUAAUCUAGACCUGCUUUUAGAUUUGGAUGAUGUGAUACCAAUGACACCAAUAAUGACACCAAGUUUAGGGGGUUUUUUAACGCCAAUCAAUCCAAUGGAUACAAAUGAAAUUCGCGAAGUCUCUGCUUCAUACAUUCCAAUGAAAAAAAUUGAGGUUUUGAAUAAAAUUAAUGGCCAUGGACUAAAACUCGACUAUCGAUUUACAAGAUCACAACAUUUAGUCAGUUCAGUUAUGGCUAGUAUUGAAUUUACAUUCACUAAUGAAAGUAAAGAUCCAAUUACCAACAUACAUAUUGGAAACAAGAAAUUAUCAUCAGGAAUGAUAGUCCAUGAUUUUACACCAAUUACUUUGAUUCAAGGAAAUUCCAAUUCCCUCACAACUGUGGGUAUAAAUUUUAACGAUUCGACACAACCGGCCACUUUUAAUAUUGACUUUAUGAAGAACGAUGAAAUUCUCUCUUGUCCAAUUAAUAUAAAAGCACCAAUUGGAGAAAUUUUACGAUCAGUUCUAUUGCCAGAAAGUGUAUUUAUUACUGAAAAGGAGAAAUUAAAGGGAAUGAAUGAACACAUGACGAAAGUUAAUUUUACCGGAAAUCGUAAAACAUUAUCGCAGAAGAUAUUUGAAGCAGCAAAUUUGGCUGUUGUGUCCAGUGAAGACAAUAUUAUUAGGUAUGCAGCUCACACUCUAACUUCCAAAUCUCUAGUUUUGGUGACAAUAAAAAUUAUAAACGACGAUUCAUUGGAAAUUUGUGUGAAUUGUGAAAAAAUGGUAAUUGGCUCGAUGCUGUUGAAUGAGCUUAAAAACAAUUUAAGGUAAAAAAAGAAAGGAAAGCAAAUAAUAAAAGAAGAAAAAAUAUAUUGACUGCAACAUAUUAUACUAUUAUUAUUAUUAUU